UAAAUCUGGGAAAGUCCACUCCAUUAUCUUCGUACUUGAGCCUUUGGCUACCUAGGUAUAGACAAAUUGUUUGCAAUCAUGGCGCAAAUGCCGAUACCCCCCAAGCUCAAAGAGAGUCUAUCAAACUCGAAAUGCGAAUACCGUUACCUCGGGAAAAGUGGCCUUCGUGUGUCAGUGCCAAUCUUUGGUUGUAUGAGCUUCGGUGACCCGAGGACUCUCCCAUGGGCUAUUGGCGAAGAAGAGGCACUGCCGCUGUUGAAGAAGGCCUAUGACGAGGGGCUGAACACCUGGGACACCGCCAACGUCUACAGCAAUGGUGUGAGUGAAGAAAUCAUCGGGAAGGCCAUCAAGAAGUAUAGCAUCCCGCGACACAAGAUAGUCAUCCUUAGCAAGUGCUACGGAGCCGUCGCUGAAGACCCCGAGGGUCGCUACGUCUUCCAGCGGGACCAGUUCCAAGCAUCGAAGGACUACCAGAACCAAUUCGGACUGGGAAGGUCGGCCAUCUUCAACCAAGUGGAGGCUUCACUAAAGCGCCUCGACACACCGUACCUCGACCUGCUGCAGAUCCACCGCUUCGACGGCACUGUGCCAAUCGAGGAGACUAUGAAAGCACUCCAUGACCUCGUUCAAAGCGGAAAGGUUCGUUACAUCGGUGCUUCGAGCAUGUGGGCGUACCAGUUCGCACAGCUUCAGUUCUGUGCCGAGAAGAAUGGCUGGACGAAGUUCAUCAGCAUGCAGAACCACUACAACCUUCUAUACCGAGAAGAAGAGCGCGAGAUGAACCGCUUCUGUGACGAGACUGGCGUCGGCCUCAUCCCCUGGGCGCCUUUGUGCCGUGGUCAUCUCGCGCGUCGACCGGAUGAGUUUGGCUCAACGGAGCGGAGCAAAGGAGAGAAAGCCAAUUCCGAGAUUCCUGCGACGGACCUAGCCAUCAUCAAGCGGGUGAUCGAGAUAGCCGAGAAGAAAGACUGGCCUAUGGCGCAUGUAUCGCUGGCCUGGAUCAACGCAAAGGUUGCCAGCCCGAUCAUAGGCUUUAGCACGGCGGAGAGAAUUGACCAGGCUGUCACUGCCAAGGGGAAGGUGCUGAGCGAGGAGGAGGUCAAAUACUUGGAAGAACUAUACGAGCCCAAGAAGAUAUCGGGCCAUUGAGCGCUUGACCGUUUUCGUGCUGCUCUGGUAAAACGUUCGGUACAUAUAACAGGUACCACCCGUCUCGGAGGCUAAGUAUACAUGGAUAUUUGUGUUGUACAGAAAACCUACAAAGUCGGCUUGGAUGGAGGAAAUCAGAUUUUAUGGCUAUGAAUGCAAUCCUUGGGUGGCUCUUCCUUCCCAUGA